GCUGGGAUCAGUUCAACACCAACCGUGCCAUCGCGAGGAAGUGGAUUAUCAGAGUGAAGUGAAUUGAGAGUACAGCGAAUAUAUCGAAUCGAACCCAAUAGAAUUGAUUCUUGGCAUAUCACGUAUACGCCCGGUAGCACAACCGAAAAACCGUUAACAUGUCGCUAAGGAAGAGCUUGUUGGGCUGCCUGCUGUUGGUCGGCACUAUUUUAAUGCUGAGCCAGGUUCAAGCCAACAUCGAUACAAACGAAGUGGACCCAGAUUUUUACAUGCUGCAGGGCGUCCGUGUGUAUCCCAAUGAUCGCCAGUGCGUUCUGGUUGGCGGACUGUGUGUCCAAACGAAGGACUGCUUGGAACCCACCUCGAACAAGGGUCUGUGCCCCACGAGUGCCGGACAGGGCGUGGAGUGCUGCUAUGAGCUGCCGGUCAGACCAGCGCCCUGUGCGGAACACUUGGGACAGUGCAUGGACCGAUGCCACCAGAGGCUCCUGCGACCCGGUACCGAUUGCCAGAAUGGCCAAGUCUGCUGUGUCCUGAUUUAGUUAUACUUAACCACACCAAACACAUGCCCAUGCUGAGAAAAAACAUCGCCGAAUUUCUUAUCAUUCAGUUAUUCAUCGGAAAUAUUUUUUGUUUCAUGACGUUUAAAAUAUUAAAAAUAAUUUAUUAUACUGAAGUCUGACCAAAAAAUGUAUGAUGUCAUUUUAAAAUUUUGUUUGAUUCUUUAAAAAUGUAUAAGAUUAAGUAGAACAAUGAAUUCAUAUUUUUCAUGUUAAGAAACAUUUGAUUUAAAACAAUACAAUUGUUCGCAAAAAUUGGUAAAGAUAUGGCUUUGUUUUUUCUCUGCAUGCACGCAAACACACGCACACACACACACACCGUACAUAAACAUGUAUUUAUUAAACUCUAUAUAUUAAUUAUAUUGUACGAAUACUUUUGUAUGAAUUCUUAAGUACCCACACAUCUCCCGACAAUGUGAAAUAUUUGACUGCUUCCAAUAAAUGCAUUGUAAAUAUUUUCCAAAA